AUUAAUCAUUUCUAUGUGUUAGUUUUGUUUGCAGUUUGCUUACACUCAAGCAAUGGUUUUACCCAUUUUAGUUGUUGGUGACAGAGGGGUUGGUAAAUCAUCUUUGAUUAACAGGUUUGUCAAUCGCGAGCUUACGGCUAAGAUUGAUGGCGCUCUGGUAAGACGGAUGAAUAUUGAUGAUCAGAUCUCGAAGUUGAAGAUUUGCGAGGAUAACUUGUGUCCUUAUCCACGCGAUCGAAUCUGUUGCUGUGUCCUUGUCUUUGAUGUCAAUGACAGAGCAUCAUUUGACAGUCUCAACAAGCACAUUGACCAGUUCGUUUUUGAGGCUCUACCAGAUGCCUAUAAGUUCAAGUAUGUUGUCUUGGGAAACAAGGUUGACAUUCAGCGUCCACGAGCUGUUACGGAAUCAGAAGCACGUGAAUGGUGUUACCUGAACAGAGAUGCUCUUUACUUUGAGACAUCCGCCGUAGAAGAAAACAGUGUGGAGGUGGUUUUAUUGCAAAUAGCAAGAUGCGCCAUCGGGUAUGCCCCUCAUGCACCUGCACCACUCUUCAAUUUGCAGGAUGUCGUUCUGGAAAAUGAUUUGAGUCAUUUGAGUGUAGUGUUCUUUUUAUCCCGUGAACGGAUGUUGAAAGCAUCUGAAGUACACCUGAUACAAGAUCAUUUACUUUUCCUAUACGUAUAUAAAUCAACGACCCCUAAGCUGACACCAGGACUGUUCCUUACGAAAAGAAAGUAUUGGAAUAAAGAUGUUGCAGACAUCAUGCAUGGUCACAACUGGGAGACAAUUACUGAAUCGACUGUGUAUUCUCAAUUGGAGAUCGAUGACAGCAGAGGUCCAGUGGAAGUAAGUUUUGCAUCAUGGAGACGUGACAAUGAUUCACCCAGGAUGGAUAGGUAUAUCUACCUUCUCGCAGACGCAAACCGAAACAAUGACAUGUGUCUCGUCCACUACAUGAGCCGUUAAAGAAGUGGCGGAAUAAGAGUAUUAUGUAAAACUUAUGCGUUGAACAAAGUCUAGAGUAUUAUGCAAAAACUUAUGCGUUGAACAAAGUCUGUCGAAAAGAGUCUUUUAGCUAUCCAUAUGCAAAAACUUAUGCGUUGAACAAAGUCUGUAGAAAAGAGUCUUAGCUAUCCAUCUACUAACUAUUUUUAUGCUAAAUUGAUAUGACGUUCUCUUUUUUUUUUCUUUAAAAGAAAAGAAGACUUGAAUU